AUGAGCUGCUCCCAGGUUUCCUCCGGGAUUCAUCACAUUGUCUCCUCUGCCUUCGAGAGUAGUGCAGGCUUGACGGCGCUGGGACUGGAGGAGACUCAGAGCGGGCUGGUGGUGCUCACGGCAGGGGAGAAGACCCAGGACCUGAUCGGGGUAUCGGAGCUGAUCAUCUCCACGGCCGUGCAGGGCAUCAUCUUCUGCCUGCUGGGCGCCCAGCCGCUGCUCAUCAUUGGCUUCUCCGGGCCCCUGCUCGUCUUCGAAGAAGCAUUUUUCACAUUCUGCGACGACCAACGGCUGGAGUACCUGGUGGGGCGCGUGUGGAUCGGCUUCUUGGCUCUCUCAAUCGUGCUGGUGAUGUUGGCCGUGGAGGGCAGCAUCCUGGUGCGCUUCGUGUCCCGUUUCACCCAGGAGAUCUUCGCCUUCCUCAUCUCCCUCAUCUUCAUCUACGAGACCUUCUCCAAGACUGGCCAAGGUAUCUUCCAGGAGCACCCCCUGCACGGCUGCGGGCGGGCGAAUGGGACGGGCGUGGAGAAUGGCAGCGUGCCCCUGGGGAACGGGACGGGGGGCCGGGCCGGGCCGGCGGUGACGGGGCAGCCCAACACGGCCCUGCUCUCGCUGGUGCUCAUGGCCGGCACCUUCUUCAUCGCCUUCUUCCUGCGCAAGUUCAAGAACAGCCGCUUCUUCCCUGGGCGGAUCCGUCGGGUGAUCGGGGACUUCGGGGUGCCCAUCGCCAUCCUCAUCAUGGUACUGGUGGAUUUCAGCAUCCGGGACACGUACACGCAGAAGCUGAGCGUUCCCAGUGGCUUCUCAGUGACGGCCCCGGAGAAGCGGGGCUGGGUCAUCAACCCCCUGGGCGAGGGCAGCUCCUUCCCCGUCUGGAUGAUGGUGGCCAGUGCCCUGCCGGCCGUGCUGGUCUUCAUCCUCAUCUUCAUGGAGACCCAGAUCACCACGCUGAUCAUCAGUAAGAAGGAGCGCAUGCUACAGAAGGGCUCCGGCUUCCACCUCGACCUGCUGCUCAUCGUGGCCAUGGGCGGCUUCUGCGCCCUCUUCGGGCUGCCCUGGCUGGCGGCCGCCACGGUGCGCUCGGUGACCCACGCCAACGCCUUGACGGUCAUGAGCAAGGCCGUGGCCCCCGGCGACAAGCCCAAGAUCCAGGAGGUGAAGGAGCAGCGCGUCACGGGGCUGCUGGUGGCCCUGCUCGUGGGGCUGUCCAUCGUCAUCGGGGACCUGCUGCGGCACAUCCCCCUGGCUGUGCUCUUCGGGAUCUUUCUACAUGGCGUCACCUCGCUGAACGGCAUCCAGUUCUAUGAGCGCCUGCACCUGCUGCUUAUGCCCCCACAAGCACCACCCCGACGUCACCUUUGUCAAAAGGUACGUACCCUGCGGAUGCACCUGUUCACAGGCCUGCAGCUGGCGUGCCUGGCCGUGCUCUGGGCCGUCAUGUCCACCGCCGCCUCCCUGGCCUUCCCCUUCAUCCUCAUCCUCACCGUGCCGCUCCGCAUGUGCCUGCUCACCCGCAUCUUCACCGCCCGCGAGCUCAAGUGUCUGGAUGCAGAGGAGGCAGAGCCGAUCUUCGACGAGCGGGAAGGGGUGGACGAGUACAACGAGAUGCCGAUGCCCGUGUGAGGGGCGCCAGCAAGCGACCCUGUGCAGGGCUGUGGGGCUCAGGCAGGCCCCCGGCUGCUGCGCCAAGAGCUGCAGCAGCAUCGCCUGGACCUGCGCCAUCUCCAGACCUGU